GACCGUUGUGAAACAGAUGGCUUCUUCCCGAAUAUCGAAGACUGCCACAGCUUCUAUCGAUGUGCCGGAGGUAUUUCGUACAGUUUUGUCUGCCCGACUGGAUUGGCAUUCAAUCGAUCAACACUUCUAUGCGAUCAUCUUACCAAUACAAAAUGUCCAGGAAACAGCACAAGAUUGCCUCGUCGAAGGCAACCAAGUUGAAGUUGUCAUCAGAUCAUUUCGUUUUAUAGUAUAG